AUGGCUCCUCCCAGAGGUCGUGGUGGUCCUGGUGGUGGAGGUUUCAGGGGUGGUAGGGGUGAUAGAGGUAGAGGAAGAGGCGGCGGAGGAAGAGGAGGAGACAGGGGUACGCCGUUUAAGGCCAGAGGUGGUGGCCGUGGAGGAGGGAGGGGAGGUGGCCGUGGAGGAGGUAGAGGUGGUGGCCGUGGUGGUGGCAGGGGUGGAAUGAAGGGAGGGAGUAAAGUCGUGGUUCAACCACACAGACAUGAGGGCAUUUUCAUUGCCAAGGGUAAAGAAGAUGCCCUUGUCACUAAGAAUCUUGUUCCUGGUGAAGCUGUUUACAAUGAGAAAAGGAUUACUGUUCAGAACGAAGAUGGGUCCAAAGACGAGUACAGAAUUUGGAAUCCUUUCCGCUCGAAGUUGGCUGCCGCCAUUCUUGGUGGAGUUGACAACAUAUGGAUUAAACCUGGUGCCAGAGUCCUUUACUUGGGAGCUGCUUCUGGAACAACUGUUUCUCAUGUUUCUGACAUUGUUGGCCCAACAGGAGUUGUCUAUGCAGUAGAGUUUUCUCAUAGAAGUGGACGUGAUUUGGUUAAUAUGGCAAAGAAGCGCACUAAUAUUAUACCCAUUAUUGAAGAUGCUAGACAUCCAGCUAAGUACAGGAUGUUAGUUGGUAUGGUUGAUGUCAUAUUUUCUGAUGUUGCCCAGCCGGAUCAGGCGAGGAUUUUGGGACUCAAUGCUUCAUAUUAUCUCAAAGUGGGAGGUCAUUUUGUUAUUUCAAUCAAGGCUAACUGCAUAGACUCUACAGUCCCUGCGGAGGCAGUGUUUGAAAGCGAAGUGAACAAGUUGAAGGCUGAUCAAUUCAAACCAUUCGAGCAAGUCACCCUUGAACCAUUCGAGAGGGACCAUGCUUGUGUUGUUGGUGGAUACAGAAUGGCCAAGAAGAAAAAAGAUGCUGCUGAGUAG